UGCGUAAUGAGGGCUCUGGCUGUGUUUGUAUUGGUGAGCUUGGCGACGGCGGGGUGGGCGAUGGUAGCUCCGUGGUACCGGGACAAUUGCUACACGGACCAGCAGUGCGUCGAUCAGCUGGGCAAGAACUGCACAUGUCUGCGCGCUCCGUGGCAAUCCAAGAGUGAGCAGAGCCGGUGCUACUGCAGCUACGACGAUGGCUUCUUCUACGGCUGUUACGAGAACUUCGAGUGCCAGUGGCUGGGCAAGCCUGGCCAGAAUUGCUUCUGCGCCAAUGAUGUUGACCAUAAGAAGGGAUUUUGCAAGUGUGGUCCAGCCAUGCUCAAGAGCAACUAGCGCCCUCGUGGAUCUACUGAAGGAAACUGAAUUGUUUCUUGUUUGGAUCACCCACACUCAGAUCUUUUGACCAUACUUUCGUCUCCUGCUAAUCUUCCUUGAUAUUUUCGGUAUCUAGUACUUGUCAUAUUUUGUUGUAAACUUUUCAAAUGUCGACAGAUUCUCACUGUACUGUGCACCUAUGUACCAGUAUGUUUAAUAGCCUGUUUCACACAUUAUUCUGAACGAGAAUAAUUCAUAUCGCAUUGUCAAAAUAAAAUUCCAAUUAAUGAA